UGAAUCACUCACCAAUAGGAGUUCACAAGGCUCACGCUGCUAAUUUAGCCUAUAAAACCGCGCCCUUUUCAGAUUCAAAGUCAAGCGCUGGCACUUUUCACUCUGCGUUGGAUGUGAGAACAUGAAUAAAAUCAUGCAUGAAAAUAUCGAAGAUCUGUGCAAGCCCGCCCUGUACCGCGCUGUGGCCGCAGAGUUUUUCGGGACUCUGUUUUUGGUCUUAUUCGGGUGUGGCGCUAUUGAUAAUAAUGGAGUUGGAAGUUCUACUGUUGUGCAAAUUGCUCUCACUUUUGGACUUGUUUAUGGAUCAAUGGUAUGGUGUUUCAAUCAUGUAAGUGGUGGACAUUUCAAUCCGGCGGUGUCCGUCGCGGCAGUGGUUUGCCGACGGGCAUCCGUCGUCAGAGGACUGUUCUUCAUUAUUGCACAGUUAGUGGGUGGAAUCGCUGGAGCUGGAAUUUUGAAAGGAUUAUCCGGCGUGGAUAAUGCUACCAUGGGAGUUACAGUGGUGUUCGCCCCAUUGAUGGAGGCUCAAGCCUUUGGCAUCGAGCUACUAAUCACAUUUGUGUUAGUGUUCGUCGUUCUUGCCUCCACCGACGAUAAGAGAAAUGACCUCAGUGGGUCUGCUCCUCUUACCAUUGCUUUGGCCGUCGUCGCCGGGCAUUUGUUUGCCUUCCGUUACACCAUGGCCAGUAUGAACCCAGCCAGAACCUUUGGACCAGCAGUCGUUCAGAACAGCUGGGCAAACCACUGGGUCUACUGGGUUGGACCAAUCAUCGGAGGUCUUGUUGCUGCUUUGGUGUACGAGUACGUGUUCGCAGCCGGUGCAAGCUUCAGCAGGACCAAGAAGUUCGUUCUCAAGCACAGAAAACCAGCAGAGAAGCCGAAGACAACAACGAACCAGGAAGAACUGAACAGUAGUAAAGCCGGACUCAUUGAGGCACCUGCUGCUGACAAUGAAGGUGAUGCCGUUGUGGAGAUGGAAAAGAUUGAAGAAAAGAAGGAGGAAGAAGCCGAACCUGCCGAGGAGAAGCCGGCGGAGUAAUACAGUCACAUGGCACCGCAUAUGGGCGGAGUCGUCUUAAAAUAGCGCAGCUCUCAUGACAAAUUAUUUUCUUGAAAGAACUUGACAAAAAUAGUAAAACAAUGAGACUUUUGAAAUUAUAAUAUGAAACAAGAAUUAAUAAUUAUAUGCAUGACAAAACCUACAUUAAUCCAGAUAUUUCUUUUUUGAACAAAAAAAAAAACAACAAACGAAAAGAACACAUGGUAGAUAUUGGUGCAUACACUGCCAUUUUCAUAACUAACAGCGAUACCAUCAAUAUCGACAUCAUUCGCAUCGUCUGCAUCUCCAAACAUCAUCAUCAUCUGAAAACAUUAUCAUCAUUAUCAUCAUCAUCUGCAAUCAUUGUCAUCAUCAUUAUCAUCAUCAUCAUUAUCAGUUUACCAAAACUAUCAACAUCAUUUAAUAUAAUGUCAUUCUUUUAUACUUAAGUGCCAUUCAAAUAAAGUUAGUUUUGCGACGAAAAAAAAAUCUACCUUAUUAAAGUAAGCCUUCUUGACAUUUUGGUGGCAGCUUUUCAUUCUUUGGUUAAUACUGAAAUAAACACGUCUUUUCUCUUAGAUAAAAAAAACGAGACAGAUUAACGAAGAUGAGUACAUGUAAAACAAAGCGAAAAAGAAUGAAUGCGACUUUGGGAGGCUGUAUAGUUUUCUUAUUGUUGUGAAAAGAGAAAGUGAGAAUUUAAAUGUCUGAAAAAAUGGCGAGUGUGCGAAAGCGAACAAAAUACCUCCUUUAUUAUGUAUACUUGUUUUCUUUCACGUUCGUUUUUACAUAGCUUAACAUUGUAUGUACCUAUGUAUAAGUCAAAAAACAUACUACUUGUAUUAUUUUGUAUAUAUAUUAUAAUAUUUAAUACCGGUAAUAUAUCGAUAGAGUCUCACUUUUACAGAUACUAGCAACUGCGGAAGUACUGGAAAUAUUAGAACGGAAAAACCAUAAUUGUCAUAGCUAUGCUUGGUUCUUGGGUUUUAGUUUAUGUAUGUAAUUCGGAUUCACUUUGGGUUACACAAUAUUGUCUUUGCCCUGCACGUUUUCAUUCGAAUUUAAAAAAGAAGUAUUGAAGUAAAUUACUUAGUUCAUGACAGUGCAAAAAUGAUCACGUUCAGUACCAUGUCCGUUAUUUAGUACGUGAACAUCAAUAGAAUACGAUUACCAACACGAUUUUUUACAUCAUAUCUGCAAUUUUUUCCAUCAUAAAACCAAAGAACCAAGUAUAUAGUUUUAUGACCUUUUCAAAACCACGCAGAUAGACUAAAGUUUAACUUCAAAAUUCAAAGCAGUUAAGAACCCAUUGUUUAAUUUCCAGCAUCGGUGUGGUAGCAAAUUUCGGCACCCCAAAUUUCGGAGGCAUAAUAUUCUUACGAAAAACAUAAAAAUAUUCAGCAAUUUCGUGUACUAUUUUGUUUCUAGAUUUUGUUUGAAAUAUAAUUUUACGCUAGUCAUUCUUUUUGAAAUUUUACCAUACCAUACUUAGCUUAGAUUCUAUGUAUUGUCUUAGAAUGUGUCUAUAAUAUAAUGGAUUAUUCUGCUGCAGAAUAUUAUGUUUUGAUAUAAGUGUUCAAUAAAUCAAAAACAAAUA